AUGGUUUCGGCACUCGCUGCAGCCAUUGUGCUCGGCCUCGGCCUUUUCAAUGGAGUUGAUGCACAACUGACCACAGCGGCAGAAAUCAAGCAGGCCCUGCAGGCAAAUGGAUUGGAUGUAUCUAAACUGCCUUCCACCUCGCAGAAUGGAAUAGCUGCUGCCAGCGGCAUCAACGCCGCCCCGCAGCACUGCAAUGUUCUGUGUUCUGUUCUUGCCGGCUUUUUCCCCGACCAGACCAUCACGUCCCAGGAAUCCCAACUAUUCGCCAACUGGACAGGGUCUUUCUGGUCGCAGCAGCAAGAGGCGACCACCCCUCGGUGCAUCUUUCAGCCCAGUUCUUCUAUAGAGGUAUCGUCGGGCCUGCUACUUGCUCAGCUUUUUACCUGUCCGUUUGCCAUCAAAAGUGGUGGCCAUGCCGCCUUUUCGGGCUCGUCCAGCGUCCAGAACGGGCUUAACAUUGACUUGAGCAAGUUGAAUGCCAUUACCCUCAACAAAGACCAUAGCGUGGCAUCGAUCGGCGCUGGAAAUCGUUGGGUUGAUGUCUACAAUUAUCUCCAGCCGUAUAACAUUUCCGUGGUUGGUGGUAGGGUCUCAGAUAUCGGUGUCGGAGGGCUGACCACAGGAGGAGGAAUAUCCUUUUUCUCUCAGAUCUACGGCUGGGCCUGCGAUAAUGUCGUCAACUACCAGGUUGUCCUCGCCUCUGGUGCUGUCGUUAAUGUUAACCCGUCGUCGAACCCGGACCUAUACUGGGCUCUCCGCGGUGGCGGCAACAAUUUUGCUAUCGUGACUCGCUUUGACUUGAGCACUCACUCUCAGGGCUCGCUUUGGAGUGGUUCACUGAUCUAUACCCCCGAUAAGAGCACCCAGAUGAUCGACAUCUUUUACAACUACGGUGUGAACGCUGCUAGCGACCCCAAAUCGGCCGUUAUCAUGAACUGGGCUUAUGCUGAGGGAUUAUUCCUUAGCGUGGCUGAUCUUGAGUACGCGGAUUCGACUGUCAACCCACCGAUUUUCCAGAAUUUCACCAAUGUCUCUACCCUUGAGAAUACGAUGGCUGUCAGGACUCUACCCGAGGUAACUGAGAUGUUCAAGCAGUCCAACCCGAAUGGACUACGGGAGAGCUACUGGACUGCAACAUUCACUCUGACUAAGGACAUGAUUACUUUCUUGGUCAACACUUUUGAAGAGGAGUCAAGCCGUGCUGUCAAUGCGACUGGCUACACGCCUGCUCUUGUUUUGCAAAUUAUAUCCACCGAUGUCUUGACGCAAAUGCAAAAGAACGGCGGGAAUGCCCUCGGCCUCUCGCCGUCCGACGGAACUCUCCUCCUACUCAAUCUCUCCUUCAUGUGGGGAGACAUCGCAGAUGACAACCUGAUCCUUGAUAUCCUCGGCUCCAUUACCAGCAAGGCGAUUGCGUAUGGCAAGGCCAAUGGGCUGUACAAGGAGUACCUGUACAUGAACUACGCCAGUCAGUACCAGGCCGUGUUACCAUCAUAUGGAAGCGCCAACUUUGCUCGAUUGCAGAGCGUGUCGAAAAAGUACGACCCCUUGCAGGUCUUCCAGAGGUUAGAGCCGGGAUAUUUCAAGCUGACGGAGCAACCGCCAAACGCGACAUACCCUUCUUCCUCUUGA